GCAUGGCUCCGUGCCAGAAGCUUGUUUUCCAGGCCCGUGGAAGAUCUCUCCCAGAAAGACUGUCUCAUCUAAAAACUAAGGCCAAGUUUGGUCCCUCCCCUUCGGGGAGAGCCCGGCAGCAGCCAGCGUGUUGGCGAGAGACGCGUCGUUCUGCGGGCGCAGCCGCCUGUGGCCGGGCACCGCGGGGUCGGGACAGCGGCGACGGGCCGCGGGACGGCAGCGGAGAGGCUCCGGGACGCCGCAGGACAGGUUUUUCUGUGAAGGCACCAAUGGAAAUGGAGAGCAGCAGCACUAAGUUUUACAGGAUCCCCAAAGGAAAGGGACCACACUCAGUUGGAUGUACAGACCUGAUGACAGAAAAUGCAGUUGAGGGAAGCUUCUUGCGCCUGUAUUAUCCAUCAUGUGACACCACAGAUAACGAAGAGGCACCAUGGAUUCCAGAUAAAGAGUACUAUCAGGGACUCUCUGACUUCCUUAAUAUGUACCGAGUUGUAGGAGAAAGGCUUUUCCAGUACUACGUUGGUUCAGUGACUUGUCCUGCAAAGUCAAAUGCUGCCUUUAAGCCAGGAGAAAAAUACCCACUCCUCAUUUUUUCCCAUGGACUUGGAGCUUUUCGGACAAUCUAUUCUGCCAUUUGCAUAGAGAUGGCUUCUCAGGGCUUUAUAGUGGCAGCUGUGGAGCACAGAGAUGAAUCUGCUUCAGCAACAUACUAUUGUAAAAAAAAGUCUGUUUCUGAGCCACCAGAAGAGUCUACAUCAAACAUGGAGAAGGAGUGGAUCUACUACAGGAAGCUAAAAACUGGAGAGGAAGAGCAUUGUUUGCGCCACAAGCAGGUGCAACAAAGAGCCCAGGAGUGUAUCAAAGCUCUCAAUCUCCUUCUUAAAGUCAAUUCAGGAGAGGAAGUAAUAAAUGUACUAAAUUCAAACUUUGACUGGAAUAGCCUAAAGGAUUCUGUUGAUACUAGCAGAAUAGCUGUGAUGGGACAUUCUUUUGGUGGUGCUACAGUUAUUGAGAGUCUCAGCAAAGAAAUAAGAUUCAGGUGUGGCAUUGCCCUUGAUGCAUGGAUGCUUCCUGUGGGUGAUGACAUUUACCAAAACAGUGUCCAGCAGCCUCUGCUUUUUAUCAACUCUGAAAAAUUCCAGUGGGCUGCUAAUAUCAUAAAGAUGAAGAAGCUCAUCUCCAGUGACACAAACAAGAAAAUGAUCACUAUCAAAGGAUCAGUACAUCAGAGCUUUCCCGACUUUACCUUUGUGAGUGGAGAAAUCAUUGGAAGAUUCUUCAAAUUAAAAGGAGAAAUAGAUCCAAAUGAAGCUAUUGAUAUAAGCAAUCAUGCUUCACUAGCCUUCCUGCAGAAACAUUUGAGUCUUAAGAAAGAUUUUGAUAAGUGGGAUGCUCUUGUGGAUGGUAUAGGACCCAAUGUUAUUCCUGGUACCAAUAUUGACUUAUCUCCAGCUGAACCUGAGUAAGGAAUACAAAGAAGUACUGAACAUGCCACAGCCAUGAGGACAUUAAUGUUGGCGAGACAUUGCUCAGACGUGGGAUAGCACUGACCACUUCCACAGCUUUUGGGGUGUGGAACACCAACAACAAAGUAUUAGGUUAUAUCAUCAUGAAAAUGGAGAAUUAGUUCAAAUGAGUUAGUGGGAUUCCCUGACAUACUGCAAAGGGUAAGUUCUGCUUUAUAGGCAGCUGCAGAGAAGAAGAAAAAGACAUGGAAAAAAAAAAAUCAGUUGAUGAUAAUGUAAAUGAUCUUUCUGGUCCUGACUUAGAAUCAAGUUUGCAGAGAAAUAAUGCUCCAAGGAAUUCAACUAAAAUUCUGUUUACCAAGCUUUAAGUCAGUUUGCAUCCAGCAAGUCUUUGUUGCAGUAUAAGAAAAAAAAUCUUUAUUAUUAAACUGCUGCAUAUUUCAGCUCUGCUCUGGCAACAGUUGAGAGCUGGAGCCGGUGUUUGCUCCUUCUAGUCAAGAGAGUGGAAGGUGGUCCUAAACUGUCUUAUUAAAAUAAGAGUCAGACUAAAAGCUUCAAGAAAUAGUUUGAAGUAACAGCAGAGAAAAGUGUUUGUUCAGACAUGGGACUUCUUAUAUGAACUUGAUCCACUUACAUUUAAGAUCUGUUUACUGCCAUAGUUAGAGGAUGUUGCCAUUACAAAAGCUGAUGAAAUGGUCACUCUUGUAGCAAUUUUAAUUCCCUUUUGGCAAAGCUCUAAGCCAUGCCUCUUGUUAAUCCCUGUAUUACCAGUAUCACUCACCCAUACUGUUGUAGGUGAAAUUACACUUAUACCACUCUCUUUCAAGGAGUAUGUAAGCAUUGCUUCAUCAUCUUGAUAUUUCAUGGGUGUAAUACUUCCCAGCCCCUUGUCUUUUUCCAGGUACUAGCAUUGUUCUUUGUGUCUGUCAGUAGAAGUUGACUGUGCUUGGCUAAAGAAGGCUCUUGUUUUUAGACCUCUCUUUGAAGCUGCCAUAUGAAAGGGUGUCUUCUAAAUGACUAAGUCUUGCACAAGAGGGGCUACUGCUGCCUGUAGCCUAUUUGUUUCAAAGUCAGGUUCCAAACAAAACAACUGAAGGAAGUGGAACAAGGAAAGCGGAGUAAUUAUUUCAUCAGUGAUAUUAACAUGCCCUUGCAACAACAUCUAAAGCCUGUUUUCAGAUUUGAUUCUCUCCAGCCUACCACCAUGUAUUGUUUCUGUUAAACAAAUAAACAUGCAAGUGUUUCUCUUGCUGA